UACGAGUAGUUUGGGAAGCGUAUAUUUCUUACCGUCUUUUUGUUGAUCAGAGACACGUUGAACAACCGUCUCCAUCAUCCUUUCACAUCUUCAUCCUCUCUUCUCUGCCUCUGGAGUUACAAGUUUAAUCUUUAUGUUGGAUUUUUUUUUAAAGGUCUGAAUGAAGAACAAGUUAUAUGAUUCCAUCUAUAGCAGAAUAUUCCCACAGAGAUGUUUCCAUUUAGAGUGAGAAACUAAUGUUCUCUAACAGAUACAACAGUAUUCUCCAGAUUGAGCCUGCUGGAAUUCUAGACUCCUAACCACGGAAAAGGUAGGCUUUGGGUCACUUUUGGUAAAUGAGUUAGCCAGUUCAUCGACCCUCUGUUUAAAUAGACCUGUUGGACUUUCUCCUCCUCCAGUAGCUGCUCACACACACCAACCUGAACAUUUGUGCUGUUAAGAGCAAAGAGAGCACGGCAGCCCCAUCGAUCAUGCAACCGGCUUUCUUCUCACUCAUCCUGAUUGCCGUACAUGUGUCUGUACCGGUGGUUUGUACACCGAGGCUCCGGGACCCAGAGCACCUUUUACCACAUCAGCAGAGCAGCUUCAAGACAGCAGCAGCACAUGCAGACACAGCAGCUGGUACCAGUCAUUUCUACUUGGAGCUGAGUGGAACAAUGAAAAAAGGCAUUUACAGAAACCUUUUUGUGGUUUUGCCAGUAAGAACAGCUGCAAGCAACUUUGUGUCAAUAUUUGAUUUAAGAAGAAAACGGUUCCUCUGUACGGACUCAAAGGGAGAGCUGUACAACUCUAGGCAAAGGGACACAGAAGAUUGUCUCUUCCAGCGCAUUUGGUUAGACGUGGCGAACCACCGUGACGUGUUUUACUCUAUAAAUGGAGGCCGGCUGCUCGAACUGAGGGGAGCUGAGCUGCGAGUUGCUUACCAGGAGCCACCUGAACCCUCCUCCGCCCUGGUGGAGAGGUUCCUGGGUCCCUUGGUAAAGAGACAGAGGAGGAGUGAGGCGGUGAAUCCCUCUGAUCCACUAAGAUCACACUCGCAUCCUUCUCCUUCUGCCAAGGAACACAAGGAUGCAGAUCACCAGCAGCCCGAUCAGGACCAGGCCGGUGCUGUGUCCAAAGAGACCAUCACCUCCUGUGAUGACCCCCUGCGGGUCUUACAGCCCAACGGGCCCGUCAGUCCUGUCAAGACUAAUAUUGCAGACCGAGCAGAGCAGGAAUGAGAUACUGAACUUGAGUUUAAUGAGUGAAAAGUCAAGCCGCAAGCCUUCUUGUUUGUUCUGAAGUCGCUUUAUGUUUGACUGCAUAGUGGGAGUAGAUACUCCACUGGACUGCGGUAUCAGUGGGAGCCACAGAAUGGCUUGCAA